AUGGGCGACGCAGCAGCAGUAAGCAAAUCUUACGACCUUGUGGUCAUUGGCGCUGGCUGGUAUGGGCUUGGAGCCGCCAAACCGUACAUUGAAUUACACCCAACUGAAAAGAUUCUGAUCCUUGAAGCGGAAUCCAGUUGCGGUGGAACAUGGUCCAAAGACCGACUGUACCCAGGGUUGAAGUCAAAUAACCUAUGGGGAUCAUAUGAAUUCCCAGACUUCCCCAUGGUAGAGGAAGUGUACGGUGUAUCAGAGGGCCAGCAUAUUCCAGCGGCAACGCUGCAUCGCUACCUUACCGACUUUGCGAAGAAGUUCGGCAUUUAUGAGCGAACGCGCUUCCAGACUAGAGUUGAUGCAGUGGAAGCAGCCGCCAACGAUGAAUGGUUGCUGCAUAUAACGGAUACCUCAAGCUCAGUCAGCGAGAUCCUCCAGACCAAGAAGCUGAUUGUGGCCACCGGGCUGACCUCUCAACCAAAUAUGCCUUCUUAUCCUGGGGAGGAAAACUUCAAAGCACCUUUCUUCCACGCCAAAGAGUUCUGUGCACGGGCAGAUUUGGUCAAUACCUGCAAGCGAGCAACGGUAGUGGGAGCAGGCAAAUCUGCAUUUGACGUGGCGUAUGCAUUCGCCACCGACGGCAAUGCUCAGGUCGACCUGAUCAUCCGCCCUGCCGGUCAGGGCCCCGUCUGGAUCUGUCCUCCGUACGUGACACCACUGAAGAGGAAGAUGGAAGAGCUGCUCUCCACACGCGCCUGUACCUUCAUGAGCCCAUCCCCAUGGCAGGGAGAGGACGGGUUCUCUGUUGCGCACAGCUUCCUCCACAAGACAGCCAUAGGAAGAUGGAUCGUCAACAACUUCUGGAAUCAGAUCAGCUCCGAGGUCAUUGAGGCACACGGCUACAACGACGACCGGGAAUUGUUCAAGUUGAAGCCAUGGUACAGUGCCAUGUGGACCGGCAGCGGUGUCGGUAUUCACAACUACCCGACCAAUUUCUUCGAUUUGGUCAAAGAAGGCAAGAUUCGCGUGCACAUAGCCGACAUCACCAAGCUCGAGAACACCACGGUCUACCUGAGCAGCGGUGAGGAGGUUGAGACCGAUGUGCUCAUCUGUGCCACUGGCUGGAAGAAGAUCUCGGAGAACCUCAAAUUUAUAAACUUCAACAACGGUCUGCCCUUUCCGGCUGCAGAAGUUGAACGCCUCUCCAAAGACGCCGACAACCAAGUCCGCGAGAUGUUUCCAGGACUCAAAGACCAACCAGUUCUUCGGUUCCAAGCAAAGCCCGAAGAACCAUUGAGAAACUACCGGUUCAUUGUACCCUCAACGGCCGUGUUUAAGAGAAAUAUCGCGUAUGCUGGUAUGGUUUCAACGGUCGUCACCUCGACCUUCUCGUCUGUCCAGGGUCUUUGGAUCUCUGCAUACCUGGACGGAAAGCUCAAGAGAGCUCCGAAGACGGAAAGCGAGGUCACAAAGGAGAUCUUGCUGCACACGCAGUUCGAAAAAUGGAGAUAUCCUUGUGGGUAUGGUGCCAGUUUGCCUGAUUUCGCGUUUGAUUCACUUCCUUACGUUGACCUUCUUGUCAACGACCUGGGUUUAAAAAAUCAUCGUAAAUCUUCGCCGAUAUUGGAGGUUCUGGAAGCGUAUAAACCAAAGGAUUAUAAAGGGUUGGUGGAUGAAUGGGUUGAAUUGUAUGGGAAAAGAUAA